AUGUCAACCUCUACCAACGAAGUCUUAUACAUGAAGUCAAAGGCCUCUACGAAAUCUACCACCAUUGGUCCCACCAUGGACAACCCGUACAACCAGUCAGUCCUCAGCCGUAGUUUCUACGCCCCAGGAGCAUCUAUAGACACUCCAUAUACAGUCAAUGUUGGAGCAAGUUCACUUAAAGAGUUCACCCUCUAUCCCGAACUUCCUCCCGAAAUCCGCUUCAAAAUCAUUCAGUGCGCCAUCCCUCACUUCCUUCGCAUCCUGCAAGUCAAAAGUAUGAGGACCAGCUGCCGAAAGUACAAAGUCGUUGCAAAUUGCAUCAACCCUAUGCUACAGAUUACCCGCAAAAUCAGAGAUGAGGUGAUGAGGUAUUACUCGGCGCCGUUCAAGUUUACUUCAAAGAGUUUAAGACUUGUUAAGCAUCUGAAGGUGAACUGGGAGAUUGAUACAUUAUACAUCAGGAGUGCGAGAGAUUUUCCACCUUGCUCUACAGCUGAAUUUGACCGGCUCUGGUCGGACCUAUUCGGAGCCUGCGUCCCAGAUAUGAAAGCAAACCUCCGAAAGCUAGCAGGAUCAGCUGAUCAAGGGUUCUGGGGCACGUAUAGUAAGUAUGGCUUGCUACUACCUUGGUGGAAAAUAGAAGGGUCUUCGUUGGGACUGUCUUUCUUCAAUGGUUUCAAUGACUUUGCCAGCUUGGAGGAAGUCAGCAUCGUUUGUGGACCCUGGAGCUCCAAGAAUAGGCUAAUCAGAUUUGAUGUUGCUCCCGUCGAGAAUGGGCUCUUGUACAAAGAAGAUAUUGCUUGUUUUGAAAAGGGGUUCAAUCACAACCGGGGAAACAAGAAAGUGGCAGUGCGGGUAUACGACUACAUUGGCACUUUGGAUCAAAGACCCAAGGAGAUGAUGAAAAAGCUUGGAAGUAAAUACCACUGCUCAAUUUUCAACUGUGAACAGCAGACCUUCAAGCGACAUUACAACAUCCUCCAGGAUCGAUAAUUCGACACGUUUCUCCGUCUUCAACCACUCCCCUUCUAUUCAACCAAAGACCUCCAACAGACAAAAACUUGUCCACUCUUUCUCCACACAAUGUUCGUCUCCAAGUCUCUUCCAAUAUACUUCCAUUCGGCAUUUAAAACCCAUCACCAACCUACUUAACAUUCAACCUUCCACAGAUGUUCCCACUCACACAUAAAGCAAAUCCGCCUUCUUUGAUAUCGACUCCAUACAUCCACACCCAAAUUUCCCUAUCUCCUGCCAGCGGACUUGGCAGAAAUAAAAAGAUACCUGGCGAUGAGUUUAUUUGAUCUGGAUGACUGUCUUCUGAGAGACUGAAAGCCCAGGAGGUCAGAUAUGGAGGAAACAUCGAGGGUCCCUAGAAGGCAAGGAGAAUGAUCAUCUCUCACCUCUGCUCGACAGCUUGCUUGCAUAAAUAAUUGUACGAAAUAGCACACUAAUACCAGGGCUAUGAUGUUGUGAAUGGGAUAGACAUGCACUGAGACAACAAUAAACACCCGUAUGUAGCCAAAGUCGAAGCACGGGAGAAAGCAAUGUCAAGUCCACAGGCGUUUGGACGAAAGCUGCACUGCGCCGAGG